AAAAUGAAAACUUAACAGCAUCCUUCGUUCUACCAAAAUCACAUACGGGGGAAUAUAAUCAGAAUAAUUUUCUGAGAUUCUCCUCUUCUUCCCUUGCUUCUACUCAAAGGAAUUAUUUUCCAUUAGCGUUUGGAGGGUAGAAAAGGAAGAGGAAGAGAAAGAUCGAAAGAGAGAAAUGGGAGUGUUUUCCAAUAAGAUCGAACGUCAACAACUCAAGCCCGGUGAUCACAUUUACUCAUGGAGACAAGCUUACAUCUACGCUCAUCACGGAAUUUAUGUUGGUGAUGGAAUGGUCCUCCACUUUACAAGGGGAGGAGGGCAAGAAAUCGGAACAGGAACCGUGUUGGACCGUUUCCUUUGCAGUUCAUCACCCUCUAAUGCUACCGAAACUCCGUGUCUGAAAUGUGGUGACCAAAAUAAGACCGAUGGUGUCAUCUCUUCCUGUCUGGAUUGUUUUCUCUCUGGUGAUAAUCUAUACCUCUUCGAGUAUGCUGUCUCGCCUGCAUACUUUCUAGCCAAAGCUCGAGGCGGCACCUGCACCCUAGCAGUUUCUGAUCCAACAGAAGACGUCCUUCGCCGCGCCUCAUUUCUUCUUGAAAAUGGAUUCGGCGGUUACAAUGUUUUCAACAACAACUGUGAAGACUUUGCAAUUUACUGCAAAACAGGUCUGCUUAUAUUCACAAGCAUCAGUGUUGGCCGGAGCGGACAAGCAGCGUCUUGCUUGGCUGCUGCUAGUGCUGUGGUUUCUACUCCACUUCGCUUUAUGACGACAAGUUUCAGUGGUUUGGCUGCGGUUGGCUAUGGCAUGUACUGUAUGAGCCGAUUGGUUUCUGAUAUCGGAGUUCGCCGCGAUGUAUCCAAAGUUCCGGUGGAAAGGCUUAUAGCUUCACCUGACAUAGGUCAACCAGAGAAGACAGCUGAGAUGAUCAAAGAAGAUUAGAGCUGGUUGGAUAAACUCUUAUGUUGAAUAUUCAGCUUAUAUGUAAAGAUUAUGAAUGCCUUGUUUGUUAAAUGUAUACAUUUGAUGUUAAAUUGUUUCUCACCAACAUUUACUGUUUGUAUUUGUGGAUUUUAUUACUUCAUAUAUGGAUGAUGUGAUUCACAAACAAUACAUUAUAAAUGUCAGCAAUUAAGAUUUAUUUAAUA